AUGGCCUGUGGCAGUUUGUCUCCUGCAGUUGACCUGAUUACGACUAAUGAACUGAUCGGUAUUUACAGGAGGUCUGUUACGGCAGAGUCCACCUGCAAGCUGAAGGCCAAGUUCAAUCUGAACGGCUACAAGGAUGUAGAGAGGAAGAAGGUCGUUAUUGGGGGGAUGUUUUCUGUUCACAAGCGUAUUGCUUCCACUGAUGGCAACACUUCGAGGGUGCCAGUCUCCUCGGGGUGUGAGGGGUUUAACUUCCGCACCUUCCGCUGGACCCAGACCAUGCUGUUUGCCAUCAAUGAAAUAAACGAGAGGAACGACCUGCUGCCUGAAACCGACCUGGGCUACGUUGUCUAUGACUCCUGCUUCACCAUCUCCAAGGCCGUUGAGGGCACCCUCACCUACCUGACAGGCCAAGAUGAGGCUGUACCCAACUACCGCUGCGGGAGUGGGGCGCCUCUGGCUGCUCUAGUGGGCGCUGGGGGCUCCGAUCUGUCCAUCGCCACUGCCAGGAUACUGGGACUUUAUCACUUCCCGCAGGUCAGCUAUUGUUCAACAUGCUCCGCCCUGGAAAGUAAGUUCCAGUUCCCCACCUUCCUGAGGACCAUUCCCAAUGACAAGCACCAGUCUACAGCUAUGGCCCAGCUGGUGCUGCACUUUGGCUGGACCUGGGUGGGCACCAUAGCUGCAGACGAUGAUUAUGGCAAGUACGGCAUCAAAGACUUCAAGGAGCAGGUGGAAGAAGCUGGUGUCUGCAUCUCCUUCUCUGAGACCCUGCCAAAAGUGAGUUCCCCAGAGGACAUCCAGCGUAUUGUUGAAACUGUAGUUGAGUCCACGGCCAAGAUCAUCGUGGUCUUCUCAUCAGACGUGGACCUUAGUCCUCUCAUCUUUGAGCUCCUCCGGCACAAUGUGACCAACCGCACCUGGAUUGCCAGCGAGGCCUGGGUCACCUCUGCUCUCAUUAACCACCCCGGGGUGAGCUCAGUGCUGGGUGGUACCUUAGGCUUUGGGGUGAAGAGGGCUGACAUCCCUGGUCUUCAGCGCCAUCUACUGGACCUGGACCCCUAUGCUGACCAACUCACUGAGGAAUUCUGGGAGACGGCAUUUAACUGCACACUGGACUACAGCAAAGCUCUGAAACAGGCCAAACAGAGGGCUAAGGAGGUUAACAGCACACUGUCCCGGGCUGUGAGGGGGGUUCCUGAAGGGCUGUGUACAGGUAGCGAGUCUCUGGCACCGCUCAACAACACUUACUCUGAUGUUUCCCAGUUACGGAUCACUUACAGUGUAUACAAAGCAGUGUAUGCUGUGGCACACGCCUUGCACAACCUGGAGCACUGUGUGAAUGGACAAGGGCCGUUCAGUGGGAGCACCUGUGCUGACAUCACCAACUUUGAGCCAUGGCAGCUGAUGUACUACCUGAAGAACGUGCGUUUCAAAGUGCCAAACACAAACGAAGAGAUCUACUUCACUGAUGGGGAUGUGGAGGGCUUCUAUGACAUCAUUAACUGGCAGGUCAAUAGUAAUGGGGAGAUAUACUACAUCACGGUGGGACGCUACAAUGGCUCAGCGGCCCCAGAGGACAGGAUGACCAUAAUGAAUGACUCCAUUGUGUGGAACAAUGAAGUGCUGGAGCCUCCUCGCUCAGUGUGCAGUGAGAACUGUCAGCCCGGCACCAGGAAGGGGAUCCGGCAGGGAGAGCCAGUCUGUUGCUUUGACUGUAUCCCAUGUGCUGACGGAGAGAUCAGCAACACAACUAAUGCUCGUGAAUGUAUCCUGUGCAGUGGAGACUACUGGUCCAAUGAUGCUCAUGAUAUCUGUGUGGCAAAAAUAAUUGAGUUCCUGGCCUUUGGGGAGCCACUGGGGAUCACUCUCAUCGUCAUCUCUGCCUUUGGAGCAUUAGUUACCAUCGCUGUCGGGGUGGUGUUUGUUGUGAACAUCAGCACCCCUCUGGUGAAAGCCAAUGAUCCUCUGUUGAGUUUCUCGCUGCUAUUUGCGCUGGUGGUGACCUUCCUCUCCUCCAUCGUCUUCCUCGGAGAGCCUCAGGACUGGAGCUGCAUGACCAGCCAAGUCGGCCUGGCUCUGGGCUUCGCUCUCUGCCUUUCCUCUAUCAUGGGUAAGACAGCAGUGUUGAUGCUGAGAGCCCAGGCUCUGAAAGCAGCGCGAGCCAAAGCAAAAGCAGCUGCCAAAGCUGCAAAAGCAGCAGCCGAAGCAGCAGCCAACAGCGGCAGUCCUGAUGUCAUUGUAACCAACACAAAUAACAACAAUGAUGUGAACACCAGCGCCAACUCUGAUGUUGACAUUCUCACCUGCGCCCACCAGAGGGCAAUAGCUGCUGUGGCAACAUUAAUACAGGCUAUCGCAUGCACGGUGUGGCUGAUCGUCCUCCCUCCACACCCUGUCAAAAAUACUUCAGCCCAGAAUAUAAAGAUCAUUCUUGAGUGUGAUGAAGGCUCUGUGGUCUUCAUCUGCUGCAUCUUCGGCUAUGACAUCCUGCUGGCUCUGCUGGCAUUCAUCUUUGCCUUCAUAGCCCGAAAGCUGGAGGACCACUUCAGCGAAGCGAAGUGCGUGACCUUUGGCAUGCUCGUCUUCUUCAUUGUGUGGAUCUCGUUUGUCCCGGCUUACCUCAGCACACGUGGAAAGUUCAUGGUAGCUGUCCAGAUUUUCGCCAUCUUGGCCUCCAGCUUUGGCCUGCUGACCUGCAUCUUCCUGCCCAAGUGCUACGUUCUCUUGGUCAAACCUGAACGCAACACAGAAGAAAUGAUGAGGCCCCGUUCCAAACCCCGCGAUGGGACCUCAACUGGGACCUCGGCCUCACUCGCUACAGCUGCCACUGAGGUCAAUGCUUCAACAGCAUCCACUGCCAUUGAUGAUUAG